AUGGAAUCAAAUGACAUUCUGGAUGACAAAGAUAGCGGGCCUGAGGUUCAGAUCAAUUUGCCCAGCUCUGUCAUCAGUCGCAUCGAGGAGUUGAUGGGCGGAACUGAACAGUUUGAUAGUGAUGAGUUUGAUGCAGUUGCAUACAUUAACAGAGUAUUCCCAACAGAACAGUCGUUAUCUGGAGUAGAGAGUGCAGCUGCCAGAUGUGAAUUUCGCCUUUCAGGUGUUGAGCAAGAUAUCCGUCGUUUAGUGCGCGCUCAAGCGGAGCAGCGCGCUGCGGGACAAGAGGCGUUGCUGGAAGCGCAGCGCUGCAUCGCUGAACUUGCGUUACAGGUUGCCGAUAUCAAUAAGAAAGCUGAACGCAGCGAAAGCAUGGUACGAGAGAUUACCUCAGAAAUUAAGCAACUGGAUUGUGCUAAAUGGAACCUAACUGGUGCAAUUACCGCUUUGAAUCAUCUGCAUAUGUUAGUUGGUGGUGUGGGCUCUUUGAGGCAGAUGACUGCUGCCAGGCAGUAUAAGGAGUUGGCUCUACCCAUGCAAGCUAUUAUGGAGGUUUUGCAACAUUUCGAGUCUUAUCGCGAGAUCAGAGAAGUGAGCGCUCUAAGAGACCAAGUGUAUGAGAUAAGAAAUCAGUUGGCCACGCAGAUACUGGCAGAUUUCAAAGAGGCAUUCACAGCUGGGAGUAAAAGCACCGUGUCCCACAAGACAUUGUCCGAUGCUUGCGCGGUUGUCGACAUCCUAGAUCCUAAGGUGAAGCGAGAAUUGCUUCAAUGGUUCAUCGGGAUGCAGAUUCAGGAGUACCAACAUCUUUUCUCUGCCGAGCAAGAAUGCGCUUGGCUUCCACACGUGGAGAGGAGGUACGCUUGGUUGAAGAGACACCUUCUCAGCUUCGAAGACACCCUCGGGAACCUGUUCCCUAUGUCCUGGAAGCUCAGCGAGAGGAUAGCCAGGCAGUUCUGUCAGAUAACCCGCUCAGAACUCUCAUCGAUGAUGUCGUCUCGUAAAAGCGAACUCGACGUGAAACUACUCUUGUACGCGAUACAGAAGACAUAUAACUUCGAAUUGUUAUUACACAAGAGAUUUACUGGUACUGAUUUGGUAGCAGAAAAUAUUGACCCAUCUGCAUUAGACAAACAAGAUGGAUUCGAGCCGGAUGCCAAAGAUAACGAAUCGACCACUGACGUGACAGAUACUAAGAUAGGGGUCGAUAACAGUGGUGGGGAGGACUCUGCAUGGGUCCGUUCUAUAGGGGCUUGCUUUGAGCCCCAUCUGUCAUUGUACAUACACAGCUUGGAUGCGAACUUACGAUCCUUUAUGGAUAGAUUUGUGCAGGACGCCAAAUCCGUCGACGCCGGCUCCGGCAUAGGAUCCGGCGCUGGUGCAGUAAUGGCUUCGUGUGGGGACUUGUUCUUGUUUUACAAGAAAUGCCUAGUUCAAUGCGCUAGAUUAACGACUGGAGAGCCGAUGUUAGAAUUAUCAGGGGUGUUCCAAAAAUACCUCCGCGAGUACGCGUCGUCUGUCCUACAAGCGGCUUUACCCCGAGGAGGGGGAGGUACCGGUUCUGGUACUGCGGUUCCAGCUCUAGUAUCAAAUUUGCAUACAUUACUGAAAGACGAUUCCAGUAGCUCCAGGUAUACAAAACAAGAGAUCAGUAAGAUCACAAGCGUCAUAACGACCUCAGAAUAUUGCCUAGAAACAACCGUACAUUUAGAGCAAAAACUGAAAGAAAAAGUAGCAAAAAACCUCGCGGACAAAAUAGACUUGGCCCCUGAACAGGAUCUCUUCCACAAGAUGAUAAACAACUGCAUACAAAUGUUGGUGCAAGACUUAGAGAUGGCUUGCGAACCAGCUUUGCAAGCGAUGACGAAGAUAUCGUGGCUAGGAUUCGAUAAUGUGGGCGAUCAAAGCUCCUAUGUGACCCAAAUAAUAAUGCAUUUGAAAAACGCAGUACCCUACUUGAGAGACAAUUUGGCUUCUUCAAGAAAAUACUUUACGCAGUUCUGCAUUCGUUUCGCCAAUUCAUUCAUACCGAAAUUCAUCCAGAACAUCUACAAAUGCAAGCCCAUAUCUACUGUAGGCUCUGAACAGUUGCUCCUAGACACUCAUAUGCUGAAAACUGCUUUAUUAGAACUGCCAUCUAUCGGUUCUGAAGUCAAACGCCCUGCUCCAGCGAUGUACACAAAAGUUGUCAUCAAACUGAUGACUAAAGCUGAAAUGAUAUUGAAACUGGUCAUGGCACCUAUAGACGGAAGUUUCGAGGGAUUUGUGUCUCAAUUCGUGCAGUUACUACCGGAAUCUACUAUAGCGGAGUUCCAUAAAGUCUUGGAUAUGAAAGGUGCGAAGCUUUCCAAAACACAGCAGUCUUCUUUGGACGCUCUUUAUAAAGAAACGACGAAGUCUGUUAACAAUGAUGAGAGUAAGAGUAGUCAGUAUUCGUGGAACAAUCUGUCUGCGCGUGGAUUCUUCGAUAACUUCACUAAAGAUAGUAGUGCUUCGGUGAAAUAG